UCCUCUCGUUGUCACACCCAUUAAGCAACACCAACCCACCCCCAUAAACAUAUGUCGUAUUAUUUCCAUCAAGAUUUUCAACCAUCUCUUUGUCUAUGUUCUAUCCUUCUUUGACAAAUUGUAACAUUGGUGGGUGGUUAUUCCAAUCGGGUCAUCUUCUUGAUGGGUCCUAUAAGAGGUAGGAAAAAGAAAAGGAAAAUCGAUAAUGAAAAUGGUGUUGUUUGUGGGUCUUUGGAAGAGGGCUCUGUUGAUUGGUGGGAUCAGUUCUGCAAGCAGAUUACUGGUUCGGUAUCUCCUUCAAAAGGUGUGGACGAGUUUGAAUUAAUUUUCAAGGUUUCAAGAAAAACAUUUAACUACAUAUGCUCAGUAGUAAGCGAGCCCAUGAUGGCCAAAACAACAAACUUUGCGUUCUUAAAUGGCAAAUCAAUGUCUCUAAACGACCAAGUAGCUUUGGCUUUAAGAAGAUUGAGCUCCGGUGACUCGUUAAUAGGCGUAGCCAACUUUUUCGGUACAAACCACUCCACUGUCUCUCAAGUCACGUGGCGGUUUGUGGAGGCGAUAGAGGAGCGUGGGCUCCACCACCUCCAAUGGCCGUCAACAGAAGCGGAAAUCACACAGAUAAAAUCCAAAUUUGAGAAUAUCAGAGGUCUUCCAAAUUGUUGUGGCGUGAUCGAUACCACUCACAUUAUGAUGUUGUUGUCGGCCUCCGAUCGAACAGUUGAUGUUUGGCUUGACCGUAAGGACAACCACAGUAUGAUCUUGCAGGUGAUUGUGGACCCGGAAAUGAGAUUCCAUGACAUAGUUACAGGAUACCCCGGGAAAAUGGACGAUUUAUCCGUGCUUCAAAAAUCAUGUUUUUUCGAUUUAUCAGAGAAAGGAGAGAGGCUAAACGGGAAUAAACUGAAGCUUACAGAAGGAACAGAAAUUCGAGAAUACAUAGUUGGAGACUCGGGUUUUCCGUUACUACCUUGGCUCAUAACACCGUACCAAGGUCAAGAGCUACCCGAGAUAAAAACAGAAUUCAACAAACGCCAUUUUGCAACAAGACUGGUGGCCCAACGGGCUUUGGCCCGGUUGAAAGAUGUGUGGAGGAUGAUUCAUGGAGUGUUGUGGCGACCUGACAAGAAUAGGUUACCUAGAGUUAUUCUCGCGUGUUGUAUUCUGCAUAACAUUGUGAUUGACAUGGAAGAUGGCGUGUUAGAUGAGUUGACUUUGACUCCUCAACAUGACUCGGGGUAUCAGACUGAGGUUUGUGACAUGGCUGACAAUAAAGCGUCGGUGUCAAGAGAUAAGUUGGCUCUUUACUUGUCUGGAAGACUGCCUGUAUGAUCUUUUUUAUACAUUUGGUUUAAGAAUUUGUACAUUACACACAUAGUAUGUAGCAUGCUUAAAGUUCCAGAUAUGAGGUUUUUUUUUUUGGUUGACAAAAAUAAAUAACAGUGUAGUGUAUGCAUUUCUUUGAA